AUGGGUUUGUUGCAGCAUGUACCCCAAAGCAGGCAAAACCCAGCAUCGCCCGCUUACAGAGCCGGUACUCGAUGUGCUUACCACUCAGGGGCGGAAGGGCAUGAUACAGAUGUCUGUUGGACCCUAAAAAGGGCUGUGGAAAACCUCAUAGAACAGAAGCGAAUAGUGCUAAAGGACGAAGGUGUUCCUAAUGUAACCAACAAUCCAUUACCGGCUCACAACAACGGGCCGGUUAUUGGAAUGAUCUGUGAAGAUAGAGAGUUUGACCUAGCUCUAAAAGCUAUCAUUGCGAUAGCCAAUGUGGAAAAGAAACCAAGGGCUACCGCAGAACAGGACAAAGGGGAGAAGAAGAGUAAACUCGCCCCUCAGAAUACAGAAAAGAAAAAGGAAACCGGAACUGGGGCAGCACCCUCAAAAGAUGCCAUUCUCUAUGUUCCUCGGGGCCGCAAGAAAGAACAGAUGUCAUUGAGCCCUCCAAGAAGGUUUGAGUUAAACAAGGGGUCCAAAAUGUAUGUACCUAAAGGGACCUACGUGGUGCGGGGGCCAAGGCCCAUGACAGAUCCCACUACCGUCCCCUGGAAUUACAACAAGGCAGUAGUGACCUACAAAGGAAAAGAAGUCUUAGGAGAAUCAAAGGAAAAUAAUCCGGCUGAGAAAUACCUCAAUCUGGAGGAAGUGAAUAAUCCCACGAAGAAGCGUUUCCCACUCAAAAAGCCAGUGAGUGCUGAAGAAGCAGAGGAAUUCUUCCGAAAAAUGAAAAUGGCGGACAACGAGAUAAUUGACCAGCUCCGGAAGUCUCCUGCUCAGAAAGUAUUGAUCAAAACCCUCAACGAAGCGUAUGUACCCAUUGACACCACUGUGGAACAGUUGGAGAGGAUGGCGGAAUGGUUUUUUGCAAUCAAUCAGAUCUCUUUCAGCAAGAAUGAUUUGCCCCCGGAAGGAGCCGCCCACAAUAAAGCCCUUCAUCUGGCAGUUAAAAGCGAGGGAUAUUAUGUGAAAAGGGUCAUGCUAGAUGGUGGUUCUGGGGUAGAUAUUUGCCCUCUCUCAACUCUGCAAAGAAUGGAGAUCGGUACUGAGAGAAUCAGACCCAACAACGUCUGUGUGCGUGCCUUUGAUGGCAUCAAAAGAGAUACCAUAGGUGAGAUUGAUCUGAUUUUGACUAUUGGUCCGGUGGAUUUCGAGGUGACCUUUCAGGUCCAGGAUAUGGAUACUUCCUAUAAUUUCCUCUUGGGAAGACCUUGGAUUCACGCAGCAGAGGCUGUACCUUCCACUCUCCACUAG